UUGGAAGUCCUUGUCACACACCACUCUCCACAAACCGUCCACAAGAAAACACUAUUUCCCUCUUGUUCUCUCUCGGUGAAUGAAGAGAUAUUCUGCUUAUAAUCUGCUAAUUUGGCUGCAUGCACCUACCUGCUCUUAUCUUCUUCUUCUUGCUAAUCUCUGCCUGCCGGGGCUAUAAUCUAUAUAUUGAAUACCAUCGUGUCCUAAGUUUUGGGAGAUUUUUCUUCUCGGUUUAUAGUUUUUUGGUCUCUGUGGCGCCACUUGUGCCGGAGAUCGUUGUUUCUUUCUUCUGAGUGUCAGAUUUUUAAGCUUGUUGGAAGUGUCUUUGCCUCAUUGAAAAGUGAGCUUCUUGUGGCCUUGAUUUGGGUUGAUGGAGAAAGCUUCGAUGGAUUUGAGGACAGAGGUGUUCAUGGGAAGGGCAAGCACCAAAUUGGUUAAUGGCAGUAUCUGUAACUCAAGAUUGCUUCGGCAAACAUGUAGCUUUGGAAUGAAAGGAUUUUCGGUGAAGAACUACAACUCCAUUGCCAUGACAUCAAGCGAAGAUAAUAUUAAUUCAGUAGCUGCAAAAGUGUUUAUGGAAAGCGCCUCCUCUAAUAAAACUGGACUGAAUGGCGGGGCAAGAUUCUGGAUUUCCUAUGAAGAGGACUGCAUACUUGAUGCUUGUGAGGAUGAGUACGGGGGAAUGAUUGUCAAUCCAGAAACAUUACCAUGGAACACAAAUGUGUUUGCUCAUGCUCUUGAGGCAUCCAUUUCAAGCUGGAAACAUAAGGGGAAGAAAGGGAUCUGGCUUAAGGUACCUCUGGGUCGCUCUGAGCUUGUUCCUAUUGCUGUAAAGGCCGGUUUUAAGUAUCAUCAUGCAGAGCAAGCCUAUUUGAUGUUAACUUACUGGAUUCCUGAAGGUCCUUGUUUGCUUCCUGCCAAUGCAUCGCAUCAAGUUGGUGUGGGGGGUUUCAUUGUAAGUGAAAAGAAUGAGAUACUUGUCGUACAAGAGAAGUAUUGUUCUUCGACAUCCGUGGGUGGAUGGAAACUACCAACAGGGUUUAUUCAUGAGUCCGAGGAGAUCUUCUCUGGAGUUGUAAGAGAAGUCAAAGAGGAAACUGGAAUCAAUACAGAGUUUUUGGAAGUUGUAGCCUUUAGGCAUGCACAUCACUUGGCAUUUGGAAAAUCUGAUUUGUUCUUCAUCUGCAUGUUGAGGCCCAUAUCGAAUGAGAUAAAGAUUGAUGACCAAGAAAUCAAGGCAGCCAAGUGGAUGCCCCUCGACGAGUUCACGAAACAACCAUUCAUUCAAGAUGACAAGAUGUUCAAAAAGAUCAUCGACAUUUGCAUUGCGCGGCUCGGUAAGCGCCACUGCGGAUUGUUAGCCCAUCAGGUGAUCUCCAAAUUUGAUGGCAGGUCUUCUUCCCUGUACUACACUGUUGAGGAGCCUCAGAAGUUUGAGUGUGAAGGGCUAUAAAUUCACGAGUAAUGCGUGAAGAGCUAAGCGUAAGCUUGGCUCGCUAUGGAUUGUGUGGGGUUGAAUUUGUGGAAUAUUGGUCCCAAAACAAUAUUUAGAUCUCAUCAUCAUGAUUCCAUUUCCUCUACUUGUUAACUCCUUUGUAUAUAUGAAAUGAUUAACAUGGAAUAGAUAUGUGACCUGCUACUGA